GUUAGCUGUAAGAUAGAUGGCUACAUCAAUCAAACCUAACACAGCGCAGAGAAGUGUACGACCACAACUUUUGGAAAAAAAUGGCAGAAGAAAAUAUUAUUGCAGGAAGAACGUGGCAUAGACUGAAAGGCCGCUACCAUAGAUAUUUCAAAAACACGGCUGAAGAUGAGCCGUCUCCUCAAUUUUUGAAAGAGCCAUCAUUUUCAACUGCAUUCAGCAGUACAGGAGCUUAUGCAUUGGAAGAGGAAACAAAUAUUGAUGAGCUCGAUAUGAGCGAAACAUUUUGUGAAUAUGGAAAAGAAGGAGGAGGUGAUGAAGAGGAGGCUACAAAUUAUCAAACGGUCGAUAUGAUCGAAACGUUUUGUGAAUACGGAAACAAAUAUUGAUGAGCUCGAUAUGAGCGAAACAUUUUGUGAAUAUGAGUGAUCGUUGCUAGUUUUUUUAA